UAUCGAUAUACAAAACGUGUUCUUGCCAGCUGACGGCGGAAAUUUAAUAAAAUUGUUGUUACGCGCUGGGACCUCAUUAUCAACGUCAGACAGAAGAAACUCAGAGCGGGCUGUAAAAAUGUUCAAAUUCAAUUUUGACGUAGAAAAUGAGGAAGAGCCAGAAGCAACGAAGAGCCCAUUUACCGAGAAUAGCGUACAGAAAGCAGAGCAGGAGGAUUCUGGAAUUGUCAAGGAUAUUGUUUGGUACGAGGCAGAGCAAAUUAAACCCAACAACACAGCAUUAUCGCGCUUGGAUCUGUACGAACUCAAUGCCAAAGAUCUGAAGGUAGGCAACACAGACAUUCGGCACCUCAUAGCCGGCUUCCUGCUUGAGGACAUCAAACUCCAUGGAGAGCUGGAGAGUCGCGAUAUUAGGAAGUCUGAGGAAAGUCACUCAGAUCUAAUAACCGGAGUCUAUGAAGGUGGUGCUAAAAUAUGGGAAUGUACAGACGAUUUGUUGCUGUAUUUAUCGGAGAACUACGAGGACAGCUACUGGAAAGACAAGAGAGUCUUGGACUUGGGAUGUGGCUCUGGAUUGCUGGGAAUAUAUGCACUACAAUGUGGAGCAAAAGUUGACUUUCAAGACUAUAACAAGGAUGUUUUGGAGCAAAUAACCAUACCAAAUGUGAUGCUAAAUGUGCAAUCGGAUCUUUCGGAUGAUGACAAAUUGGCAUUUGUAGAGGAAAACACCGGCUUCUAUUCCGGUGAUUGGUCACAUUUUGCUCAGCUAACGUUGGAGACGGAAAAGUACGACCUGAUACUUACAUCCGAGACAAUAUACAACACAGAGAACCAGCAGAAGCUGUUGGACACCUUUAGCAGUCGCCUCAAAGCAGAUGGCACUGUGUUAGUUGCUGGAAAAUCUCAUUAUUUUGGUGUUGGUGGAGGCCUGGAACAAUUCGUGGAUGUAAUUAAGCAGGAAACCACAUUUGUAAGCGAAAAUGUGUGGCAAGCAGACGAAAAUGUGAAGCGGGGCAUUUUGAAAAUAAAAUUUAAAUAACACCCAACUAUCGAAUCUGUGAAA